CGGAGAAAGUUGCUAGUGCCAGUCGUGGUCACUUGCACAAGUUAUGCUUAGCAGCAGUCCACAAGAGCAAAGGAGUGCUUGAGGCUGCUAACGCACUGAAACUGCACUUAAUUCACCGAUAAAGCUUGGAAUCAGAAUACUAUAACUUGCGACGUCCCUCGAACCAGUUCCUGGCACUUGAUUACUAGUUGCACUACACUCACUCCUGAGAGAAGACCAGACAUGCCUGCCAGGUGGGAUACCUUCUCUGCCCUCUCUGUCCCACCCCCCAUCUUGGAGGAAGAGCCCCCGUCCCAGUUUUGGGGUGAAGACUGUGCAGAUGUAGAGCAGAGGUGCUCCAGUUUGCCCAGUUCCGACUGCGAAUCUCUCACAAGUAGCAACUCUUAUUCUGAAUGUGAUCGAGAUGCUUGGGAUGAAAUCUCCUUACCAGACUCUGAGCUUUUAAAUGAUCCUGAAGGAGAGCAGCUCUGCCCCAGUCUUCUAAAGCUUAUAAAACGGUGCCUGACCAAAGCCAGAAUCAACUCCCUGAGGUGUUCAAGGCUUCUCAUUCCUGAUGAGCUUUUGUGUAAUCUGGGUCAAGAACUGCUACACUUGGCAUACAGUGAACCUUGUGGACUUAGGGGAGCACUUAUUGACUUGUGUGUGGAGCACGGCAAGGACUGCCACAGUGUGGCCCAGAUAACGGUCGAUCAAGCAGUUGUACCAACGUUCCAGCUUACUGUACUGCUGAGAUUGGACUCCAGACUCUGGCCUAGAAUACAGGGCCUCUUUAGCACCAAGCCAGUUCCUGGUUCUGGACAGUCUCUAAAACUCAGCCCAGGAUUCAAGGUUCUUAAAAAGAAACUGUACAGUUCUGAAGAACUCAUCAUAGAAGAAUGCUGAUGUUUUAGUGGGGUGAGGGGGGUGCUAGUGUCAUUUGGUACUGCAAUCAUGAAGGCUUAAAAGUAUUUUAAAAGUUUACUAAAUGUUUUAUGUUUAAAAAAAUGUAUUUUUUUUUUUAUUACAAAAAAUGCUUUUAGUUGGUGUUAGGACACCGUCUAUGGUUAACCCCUUCACUACAGGGUACAGAGUGAUGCCUUGUUAAAUGCUCGUUGACACAGUAGUGAAUUGGUUUUGAUCCAUUUGGGAGAUAGUGGGCUUUUAAGGUAAUACAUUUCACUCUGAUGCUUUUUGAUAGAUAAAUUUGUAGUGGAAAUUAUGCACGUAAAUCAUUGAUAACGGUAUAAAGUGCACUGGUGACUUUUUUUUUUUUUUUUCUCCUCUGUACUGUAUCGGCAGCUGGUCUGCACUAAAGGGCAAAUAGGCCCAACCUCUUGGAGAGGAGUUUUUUUUUUUUUUUUAUAUAUUUUUGCAAAACCAAAAAAGUAUAAUUUCCCUCUGGGGACCAAGUGUUAUAUUGUUCACAUCGCCUGACUACUGAUGCUAUGGCAGCUAUGUUAUGUGGUGUUUCUUUUUAGUUUUCUUCAGAUUCAGGCAGCAGAAUGUUCUAAAGCACUACCCUUUUAUUAAAAAUGUGUCCUAUGUACUCUA